CUUUUUUUUUGUGGCAUUAAUUUUUCAUUCUAUUGAGCUAUUAGUAUAGAGGUUGUAAAUAAGUCAUUGAAACCAUUACUUUCCCUAUCAAAUAUGGUUGCUAUCCCCAGACUUGAAGACUAUGAUGUCUUUCCCGAAAAAGGUUUCUUACCUGAUCAACUCCCAUUGGUAAAAUUACCACAGGAUUACUACCAACCAUGGGAGAAUUUAGUUAACAAUUUACCUUCGUUAAUUCUUACGAAGAGAGUAAGGAAACUUGUUGAUGACUUGCCAUCACUUUCCACUGAACAUCUUAGUAACAGAGAUGAAUACCGUAGAGCUUAUCAAUGUUUGACUUUUAUGGCUCAAGGGUAUGUGUGGAGUGAGACAAACCCUACCGACAAGCUUCCUGAAAACAUAGCCAAACCAUUACUCGAAGUUAGUGAUUACUUAGGAUUGCCUCCAUUGGCAACUUACGCCGGGUUAUGUCUUUGGAAUUACAAAGAGAUUAUUCCUGGUCAAAAGUUUUCCCUUGAUAAUCUUACCACGAUAAAUACAUUCACAGGCUCUAUCGACGAAUCAUGGUUUUAUCUUGUUAGUGUAUAUUUUGAAUAUGAAGGUGCAAGUUGUAUCAAACUUGGAUUGGAUUUGAUCAAUCUUAUCAAUAAUGAUGCUGACAGAAAGACUAUUAUUGCUCAUUUACAAGAACUUGCCGAAAGUAUUGAUCAUCUUGGAUCUGUUCUUCUUAAAAUGGAGGAAAUGUGCGAUCCUCAUGUAUUUUACUUCAGAAUAAGACCAUUCUUAGCCGGAUGGAAAGGGAUGAAUGACCUUGGAUUAAACAAGGAUGGAGUGUUGUAUGGGAACGAAACCACUCCUAGAAAUUAUGUCGGUGGAUCGAAUGCUCAAUCAUCACUCAUUCAAUUUUUGGAUAUUCUUCUUUCUGUUCAACAUCAUCCUACCGGAGAAAGACCUGUCCCACACCAGGCAAACUCAAUGCCAUCUGCAGUGAGUAAUAGCAGUAGUUCAAGUAACUUUAUGAAUGAAAUGAGAGAUUAUAUGCCAGAGAAACACAGAAACUUUUUGAAGGUCCUUGAACAAGUUUCUAAUAUAAGAGAAUAUGUUAGCACCAAUGGAGAAGACGAUGCAGAGCUUAUAUUAUGCUACGAUGCUUGUUUAGCGAUGCUCAAAUCAUUUAGAGAUAAACAUAUUCAAAUAGUGACAAGAUACAUUGUUCUUCAAGCCAGACAAAAGGCUAAGAUGGGUUCCAAUACUAUGCGUUCUGGUUUGGCAAAGAAGGGUAUCACUGAAAAGGGUACUGGAGGUACCUCAUUAUUACCGUUUUUGAAACAAUGUAGAGAUGAAACUGGUGAUCCAGCAGCUGGUAAUUGGGGUAAGAGAAUUUUAAGUGAUGGUGUAAUGCGUCUUAAGUACUCUAAACCUAAUGGUAUUAAUGAAGAAUAGGUAGAUAUGAAGUUUUAUGAAUGUGUAU